UGGCAGGCGACGGCGAAGCUUGGUCGUUGUUGCUGCCGCCGCCGCCAUUUUGUCCUGUGGGCGGCUGAGGAGCUGACGCUGCCAUGGUGAAGCUCUUCAUUGGCAACCUUCCCCGGGAGGCCACCGAGCAGGAGAUCCGCUCGCUCUUUGAGCAGUACGGGCGAGUCCUGGAAUGCGACAUCAUCAAGAACUACGGCUUCGUGCAUAUUGAGGACAAGACUGCAGCGGAGGAUGCCAUCCGCAACCUGCACCACUACAAGCUGCACGGGGUCUGCAUCAACGUGGAGGCCAGCAAGAACAAGAGCAAGGCCUCCACCAAGCUGCAUGUGGGCAACAUCAGCACCAGCUGCACCAACCUCGAGCUGCGGUCCAAGUUCGAGGAGUACGGGCCCGUCCUCGAGUGCGACAUUGUGAAGGAUUAUGCCUUUGUGCACAUGGAGCGAGCGGAGGAUGCCGUCGAGGCCAUCCGGGGCCUUGACAACACAGAAUUCCAAGGCAAACGAAUGCGCGUGCAGUUGUCCACCAGCCGGCUCAGGACCGCGCCCGGGAUGGGAGACAAGAGUGGCUGCUACCGGUGUGGGAAGGAGGGUCACUGGUCUAAAGAGUGCCCGGUCGAUCGCACGGGGCAAGUGCCUGAGUUGACCGAAACCUAUAGCGAGCAAUACAGCGUGGUGCGCACCCCCUACCCUACGGGCUAUGGGGACCCCGUGUAUUACGAUGACCCUUACGGAAUGGUGGAUUACUAUAAACGGUACCGCGCGAGGUCGGCCGCGGCGUACGGGGCUUCUGCAUACGACGCUUAUGCAGAGCAAACCAUGGCCCAGUAUUCCCAGUAUGCCCAGUAUUCGCAAGCCACGGCUAUGGCCAGCCGCCUCACUACCGCCUUAGACCCCUACGAGAGGGCCUUGCUUCCAGCUUCGGGAACUGCGGUGGCGGUUGCCGCCGCCGCUGCUGCGGCCGCGACUUCUUCCUUUUACACACGGGAUAGAAGCCCUCUGCGUCGCUCGGCCGCCGUGGCUUCCACCGCCGGAGACGUGUACGGAUACGAGCGGGUUCAGCUGUCUCCCGUCCCGCGAUCCUCCCUCUACGAUGUCCAGCGGUUCGGGCGGGAUGCAGGCGCGGACAGGUUGCGGUACUCCGCGUAUUGAGUCUGGAGGGAGGCUAUUUGAGGGCUGGACGUCGGGUUCCUGCGGUACACGCCCGCGGCAAAUACUGUGCCAGGCUUCACGAUGUGUGUCGAUUUG